AUGUCAAAUCAACAUCAAAUCAAAUCAAACCAACCACUCAAAAUAAUCGAUUUAACUCAAGAUCAACCAAAUCAAAAAACAUCUUCAUCACUUCAACCUUCGACUUCGACUUCUACUUCCACUUCUACUGCUGCAUCAGGAUCAGGAUCAGGUUUAGCUUCAACUUUUAAACUUAGACACGGUCCAAGGCAACAACAAUUGGCUGCAUUACAAGCUACUGCAAGAAGACAAGCUGAACAAAGAUCACAACGUCAACAACAACUAACCAUCUCACCACAUCAUCAUCAUCAGCUGUUUUCAUCUUCUAAUUCUUAUUCAUCUAAUUCAACUCCUUCAACUUCGUCACUUUCGAUUCCGCAUCAUUUUCAAGGACCUACUUCUUAUCCACUCACUCCUUCUCCAAGAUCAAAUACUUUCUCUUUACCUACCUCCAAUCAUCCGAAUCAUAAUCCGACCAAUUCUAAAUUCAAUCAAGUUCAUAAUUCGGCUUAUAAACCAGUCUGUAUAGGUUUAUUAAGCUCUUUGGUGUUAAUGUUAUAUCCUUUGAAAGAAUUUCAAUCAGAUAUCAUUGGUCCGGGUGGAAAACCUAGAGCUCAAACUUUACCCGUUAGACUUCGACGACUUCCUCCGAAUGGUGGUAAUGAGACGUUGAAGGUGCUUUCGCCUUCUGAUGAACAAUUCGGAAUGGUCGAACACAAGGUCGGUAACGUCAUUGCACCUUUACUAGGUCCCAUCGAUUCGAUCAGUGGAGGUCCUAGCGUAGGUGGUUGGAAAGCUCCAGAAUCGGAUGAUGAUGAUGAAAUUAUAGAAACGGACGGUUUAGGAGGAAACAAGUUGAAACGUAGAGCACAACCACUUGGACGACAACUUUAUAUUGAAUGUUGUGUGAUCAGACGUGGCGAAAAGAAUCCACUCAUGUUACCAUUACAACUCUUGGUUUUCUGUUCACCCGAAUCGAUCUCAGCCAUAGGGGCUUAUUUUACUCGUUCGAAUGUCGUCCUCGAACAUCCACUUAGCUAUGAUCCAGAUCUGCACUUGGGAUGUCCUUAUCAUAAUCCACAUUCAGCUCAACCGCGUGAAGGUAUCGAUCAAAUUCGACAAAGACUCUUAGGUGGACCUGCCUAUGGAACUUCCAAUUUAUUCCUAGGUUCUCGAACUCCUCAAUUCAAGACUUAUGAUGCACAUGAACAGGUCGAUGCAGUCUUCAAAUCGUUGGCAAGUGGUGUCGAUCUAGAUGAAACCGAACCGAGUGAUUUGAUUUCGAGUAAAUUAUAUGCUCAUCAGAAACAAGCCCUAUCCUUCAUGUUAGAUCGUGAGACCCCAAAGGAAGUCAAACCCGAACCCAAUAAAGUAAUACAUGAUCCGGACGAACGAAAGGCUCAGCUUGAUCACGAUGAAGCGAAUUUGGUGUGUUUAUGGAAAAAGUCACGUGAUUCUUAUGGAAGACAUAUCGGAUGGGUUAAUGUGGUCACAGGGAUCGAACAACUUGGCAUUCAAACACCCAAUCAGUGUCGUGGAUCGUUACUUGCUGAUGAUAUGGGUUUAGGCAAGACGAUCUCGAUAAUCUCACUCGUGGCUACUACCCUAGUUCAAGCUCGGGCCUUUGAGCAUAAUCAAUCUUCAUCUUCAUCACAGCCACCACAAGAAGGAUCAUCUUCAUCGAUCCAACAAUUGAACACAUCGAUGUCUAAUGGAGAAGAUCAUACGAGGUUAGCUGAAGGAUCAACUUCAAAUCCUAAAAAACGACCAAAAGAAACGAAGAGUUCAAUUAAGAAGAAAGAAGCUACCAUCGAUCGAAACCGAUUGAUCACGAUGAAAUCACGAGCUACCUUGAUAAUCUGUCCUUUAUCUACAGUUCAAAACUGGGAAAGUCAAAUCGAAGAACACGUGAGGAAAAUCCCAUCAAAGACUUUGAAAAAUUCAACUCAAGCUGGAUUAAGUGUUUGUGUUUAUCAUGGUAACAGUCGAACGACAGAUGUCAAAGUUUUAGCAGAUCAUGAUGUAGUGAUCACAACUUAUUCAUUAUUAGGAUAUGAAUAUUCUAGACAGAAUCGUAAAGAAGAAGAAGGUGCUGCUCAAGAUAGUAGUGAUGGUGGAAUUGAAGAAUUAGAUGGAUCUGGAAAUUCGUUGACAGCAACCGAGUCAAAUGAAAACAGUAAACGAAAGAGACCUCUGAAACGGAAAAGGAAGGGAGAUGGACUUCCUAGUCCUUUACAGUCUAUCGAAUGGUUUAGAGUCGUCCUGGACGAAGCUCAUAUGAUCAAGGAACACUCUACUAUACAAUCAAGAGCGGCUUGUGAUCUCUUAGCCGAAAGACGAGUUUGUCUUACGGGUACACCUUUACAAAACUCACUCAACGAUUUAUUUUCAUUAGUAGCCUUUUUAAGACUCGAACCAUUUACAGAUCGAGUGUUUUGGACGACUCAUAUUGGUACACCAGCCAAAUUAGGAGAUAAGUUAGGAGUCUCAAGACUGAAAUUAAUCAUGAGACAAAUCGCAUUAAGAAGAACAAAGAAUUCGAUUGAUAAGAAUGGAAAACCGAUUUUAAGUUUACCUACCAAACGAGAUACGAUUGUUUAUUUAGAAUUAGAUGAAUAUGAAAAGAAAUUUUAUUCAACUUAUCAUCAACGUAGUCGAAAGAACUUUGAAUUACAACAAAAAGAUGAAACGGUUUUAAAGAAUUAUUGUUCGAUUUUACAAGAAUUAUUAAGAUUACGACAGAUUUGUACACAUAUUGGUUUGGUGACGGAUUCAGAUGGGAAAAGUUUAGGAAGUAGAUCAGGGAAUGAGUUUAUGAAGAUUUUAGAAGGACAGAAUCAAUUGAUGAAAGAAAUCGAAAGUGAAGGACUUAAUAAAUCAAAUUCGAUCAAGUUGGUAAACUUGAUGAGAGAAACUGGGGUAGGACAGUGUAGUGAAUGUGGAGAAGAAUUGAUGAUUGGAAAUCCAUCAGAAGAACUAGAAGAGAUGUCUUCUUCUAGACCCAGUAAACGACCUAAUAAGAAGAAAGCCAAAAGUAAUCUUGAAGAAAUUGAUUCAUCAUGUGGUGGUGGUGGGACAGCUAAUAAUAAUUUGAAAUCGAUCGUUGUGACUAGAUGUCAACAUUUGUUUUGUGUAAGAUGUUUUAGAGAAGAGGUUUGUCCAGAAUGGCCAUUAUUAAAAGGAUCAGCAGAAUGUACAGUAUGUUUUCAAGUCUUGAAAGAUCCAAUUAAAGAUAUCAUUGAAGUGACCGAUUUAAAACUUGAAGAACCUCAACCUCAAAAAUCAGAAACUUCAUCAUCAUCAAAAGCAAAAGGAAAAGGGAAAGCAAAAGGAGGGGAUCAUGAAACCGAAAAGAAUGAGUAUGGUCAUAGUACUAAAGUUCGACAUUUGAUUUGUGAUUUGUUACCGUUUAGUCAAGCUAAUCCAGCUUCGAUGAAUUAUGAUCCAUUGAACAUGAUCUUUGAUGUUCAAGACCGGCAUGAUGAAGAAGAGGAUCCUGAGCAUGAUUAUAAAGCUUGUAAAGGAUCAGUGGUGAAGAGUGUAGUCUUUAGUCAAUGGACUAAGAUGUUAGACAGGAUUGGAGACGCACUAGAUGAAUUUAAUAUUGGAUAUGGUAGAUUAGAUGGAACGAUGAGUCGACCUGAAAGAAACAAAGCCAUGGAAGAUCUCAAGACCGAUCCGAAGUGUGAAGUGUUAUUAGUGAGCCUAAGAGCCGGUGGGGUAGGAUUAAACUUGACGUGUGCUCAACGAGUUUAUUUAAUGGAACCAUUUUGGAAUCCUGCGGUUGAGAAUCAGGCGGUCGAUCGGGUUCAUAGGCUUGGACAAACUAAACCGGUUCGAAUGAUUCGGUAUAUUAUUGCUGGAUCAGUUGAACAGAAUAUGUUAGAAAUUCAAAAACGAAAAACUGAACUUGCAAAUAUGAGUUUAGGUCAAACUUUAAGUAAGGCUGAAUUGGCUAAACGUAGAGUUGAAGAUUUAAGUAUCUUGUUUAAAGAUAAUAUGAAGGGUGAUAAGAAUGAAGGUGUUGAAGUUGUUAAAGAAGAAGUUAAAGAAGAAGUUAAAGAAGAAGUUAAAGAAGAACUUUGA